AGUUGGUGCCUACCUUUCAACAGGUACGGGUCGACUCGAAGGUGUGCUUCACCAGUAGAAGUGAAAAUAAGAUGAUCUCUGAAGUGGUGUUUUGUUGUGCGCUCGUGGCUCUCAUGUGUGUCACACGUGCUCAGCAGAGCUUUUACGAACUGUCGCUUGUGCAUAUCAAUGAUUUCCACGCGCGCUUCGAGGAUGUUAAUACAGCCAGUGUGUCCUGCGAUUCGGACAAGGAUGAAGUCUGUGUUGGUGGUUAUGCCCGGACGGUGACAGUGCUGAAGCGGUUACUCGCGGAACGAACCAACCCGAUCUAUCUGAAUGCGGGCGAUAACUUUCAGGGAACACUGUGGUAUAACAUUCAUCGGUGGAAUGUAACGGUGGAGUUUUUGAACAAACUUCCGGCGGAUGCGAUGACAAUUGGAAACCAUGAGUUCGAUCACGGCGUAGAAGGGGUUGUUCCGUUUCUGGAGAAUAUAAAUUCCCCGGUGUUGCUGGUCAAUGUUGACAGCAGUGAAGAACCUGAAUUCAAAAAGUACCAAAAAUCAUUAAUUAUCGAACGGAGUGGCCGUAAAAUAGGAAUCAUUGGUGUCAUUUUAAGUACCACUGACACUAUUGCGCACACGGGUAAUCUUAAAUUCGCAAACGAAACCGAGACUGUGAGAGCGGAGGCUGAAAAGUUGAAACAGCAAGGUGUAAAUAUUAUCAUAGUGCUAUCGCAUUGUGGUUUGGAUGUAGAUGAGGAAAUCGCUGCCAAUGUUGGAGAUGAUAUUGACAUUAUUGUAGGAGGUCAUUCGCACACCUUUCUGUACAGUGGGGAUCACCCUACCAUACCGGGUAAAUCCCAGGGUGAAUACCCCACGAUCGUAACACAGCGGAGUGGUCAUAAAGUGUUGAUCGUGCAAGCAGCAGCGUACACAAAAUUUGUAGGUGAUAUUGUGCUUUUCUUCGAUGAUGCGGGCAUCAUCCAACGAUGGCAAGGGAAUCCUGUUUAUUUGGGUGCUGACGUUGUACCAGACGCUGAAAUCGUACAGGCACUGAUACCGUGGAAGCGAGCUGUCGACGAACAAGGUAAUCGACGUGUUGGAACUGCCGCUGUCGAUUUACUCAAAACAACCUGUGGCAAUGGUGAGUGUAAUCUGGGUAGCUUCGUUGCCGAUUCUAUGGUGGCGGCUUUUGUUCCGCAAGCCGAACACGGCCACUGGACGUACGCUUCGGUGGCUGUUAUCUCCGUAGGAGGGAUUCGGGUGAGCAUGUUCAGAGGAGAACUGAGCUUCAAAAAUUUAAUCGAAGUGAUCCCGUUCGAGAAUAACUUGGUGUGCGUGGACUUGCGGGGCGAUCAUCUGCUUGGUGUUUUGGAGUACUCGGUGGAGAAAUCAUGGGACGAGGAUAGGUUCAACGGGGCCAAUAUGCUGCAAGUUGCUGGUCUACGGGUGGAGUAUAAUGUGACCGAACCCAUCGGUCGUCGGGUUGUUGCUGUCGAGGUUUUAUGCCACGACUGCAUGGUUCCCAGAUAUGAACCACUGAAGCCACUCAAGAGCUAUCGAGUGGUGACGAACUCGUUCAUAGCUGGCGGAGGUGACGGUUUCGUUACCUUCCCCAAACAUGGCCUUAACAGACGCGUUGGUCCGGUGGAUAUUGAGGCUUUCGAGGAUUACACAAAAAAGCGUUCCCCAAUUAUACAGGGAAUCGAUGGAAGAAUUAAGGUUUAUACUUAGGUAGAUAAAUAGUUCGGCAAACUUGUCGAAUUUUGAUUUAGGUGUACUAACUUAAUAAAGUCGAAAUGGAUUUUGUGUAUAGAAGUAUUAAUUUUAACUCCGCUAAUGUCAAAUAAAAAAAAACCGAAAAAAACCAAACAAACAUUGUUGUUAAAUUGCGAUUGAAUAAUUUACUCUAAUUUCAAUGAAGGAGAUUAUAUGAUCGACUGCAAAGUUUCAAGUUUCAAAGUUUCACAAGUUUCAGCCUGUACGCCACGUGGCUUACAUGAGUUUCGUAGCACCUUGUUGAAAUACUUAGCUAUUUUUGGAUCUACAACGGCUAGUUUCUUGUGCCAGAAGAUCCGAACAUCAUCGAGGCCCGGUGUUGCUCAGUGGGAACGUUUCGGAAUGGAUUUUUUACCUACAUUAUUUGGCUAUCUUUCAGAUACUUUUGAGCUCACCACAAAAAUCAUCUUCCAAAGCAAACACACUCACCAUAGAUAAUGCCCAUUUAGUAUUCACAAUUUAUUUCGAAAUAUGUUGCGUCGAACAAAGUACAAUAAGAGUGAUAACUAAUGCUUUAUUAGAAAAUUUAGUCUAAGAACUACAAUCACUAUCGUAUAAGAGAUUCUCGAAAA